UUGUGGCUCUUAACCAGUAGGGCAAAACGAUAUAUCGCUGCCAUCUGGGGAGCAGACGGGGAGAUAAGGUGACCCAACACGUUUGAAAGCCCAAAUCCAUCCUGGUCAAUCCUUGCGACUUUAUGUAUAUUGCGGAUGUUUCAUGUCCCGGGGUUUCUGAACCGUGGAGGAGUCUAGCAUGUCUGGGAUCAUUUCUAGCUCUACUGGCACAGGUCAUCAAUGCGAGGCUCCCAGGAUGCUCGGGAUUCAGAACAUGUCUUCGGAGCGAAUUAUGCUCUAAAAAAGACGCAAAUCAGUCAAUCAACAUGUCUCAAGCAUCUGGCAAAGUUGCCUUGCCUCGAACUACGGCGAACUUGAGGGGUAUCUAAGGUCUGCAGUGCGUCAGAUUCAUGUAGCUAUACCUAAUCCUUGGUUCGAACUCGAGCUUUCUCGUAUUCCCCGAUAAGCGAGGUACACUGACGCUG